UUGACAAAUAAAACAACAUAUUUAUAUACUCAGACAAAGAAACAACUGUUAUCAUCCGGGUCGUCGUCUUCAAAACAUUACGUGUACCUCAAAUAUUUAUCCAUUUAUCUCGCAUUUCUGCGGCUAUUAGGGACUACAUUAUCGUUUAAGAGCUGCAAGAAGCAUUACGACGGUAUGGCGGAGGGUGGAUUCGACCCCUGUGAGUGUGUAUGGAGCCAUGAACAUGCCAUGCAGAGGCUUAUCAACUUGCUGAGAAAUUCCCAGUCAUACUGUGCAGACAAUGAAUGCGUCCAGGAUAUGCCAGGUCCUCAGGGUGAAACUCCAGAUGGUGGGUUAAGUAUGAUGAUGAUAAUGCUCGGUUGGAUUGUUGUGGCCACUGCUCUAUACCUUCUUCGCCCAAAUAGUAUGAGACACAGAGGGGAUGAAAAACCAACUCCAAAUAGGGGAAAUGACCCUAAUGAUCCUCCAGAGCCACCACCCCCUGUUCAUUAAUGGACUCUUCCAGACCCGGAUGGACCAAUAAGGAACCAGAAAAUGAACUCACCAAAUUUUUAACCAAUCAUGAUGCUUAGUUCGCUGUCAUGGUAUCUCAAAUCUCAGUGUCUUGCCCCACAUAUAUGACAUCACUCAUGACAUUGCUGACAGAGAGAAAUUGGAAAUGAUAGAUGGAAACAUUUUGUGUUUAGCUUCUGUUUAG